AUGUUGACUGCAAAACUGUGCACUGCUGCUGCGGUGCUGCACUUAUUCUGUGCUGUUUUGAUGAUAUUCACGGACCCGCGUUCACGAUGGGGCUUCCGGAAUCUCGAGCCUCCUCCUCCGGAUCCAACUCACAUCGCCAUCGGUGCGAUCGGCAUCAACGCCAAGCUCCAGAGCAAAGUCAUUGCAACUCGAGAGAAGCUUUCUGCAGCAGAUCGACAGGUCGCCACAGGUUUCGCCGUGCUCGCGUACUUGGCGCAGGAAGCUGCGCAAGCUGCACAGCAGCCGAAGCUGCGCAGCCAAAGCACACCAUCCAGCGUCCCACGCUUGGCUCUCUUGCUCCUCCUUUGGCAUGGCAUGCUCUUCUUCAGCUACAUUUCGCCCAUGGCAGUGUUUUGGACGGCCGAGCUGCCCACGCUGGGUCUGCAGGAGUGCCUCUUCGUAGCCAUAGAAGCUUGGCUUCAUUGUGCAUCGUUGACACGCUGUGGUAGGGAGGUUCGCAAAGCUCUGCUACUGCGGCUUGAGACUCUAACGAGGUACGUGACUCUCUACAGAAUUAAGUUACGGUUAAACUGCCACGAUGCGGUGGCAUCAGAAACGGGGGUAACUACUCACCUGUAG